AUGCCCAUCGAUUUCGAAAAGGCUAUCGGUGAGUGCACUGCUUCCCAUCUGCCCUUUUGGGUGGACGAAGUAGCCCCAUGCCCGCCUUUGUGCUACCGGCUGCGGGCCCCACACCGUUUACCCCGGGCUUGGGCGAGGCGAUUCGGGCGGACAGGAGCGACUCAAUGACGACCGCCGAAUGAGAUUCCUCACCUCCUAUGAAGAGCGGAUUGCUAACUCGCUCUUUUGGUGUUGGGUUCAGGCUACGAGAAGACCCCCGCUGCGGUCUCGUGGAACCAACGUGACUUGUUGCUCUAUGCCGCGGGUACGUUUCAAAUCUCCGAGCUCUCCUCUCGAGACCUCGAAGCGAGGGCCAAUCCCGGGACUGUGGACCGAUUGAAUCCGCGUUGUGUUUGAUGGUGUCCUAGGUAUCGGAGCCAAGCGCAACGAGUUGACGACUCUGUUCGAGCUCAACAAGGACUGGCAACCUUUCCCCACCUACCCGCUCGUCCUCGGUAAGUUCUCGGACCCACUCGUGGGCAGACCUGGUGGCCUCCUGAGGCGCUCCUCACCAAACUAUCUGUUCGAAAAGAAUCACGGCACAUUGCUAACUUCAUCCCUCACCUGAAUUAGGCCUGAAGGGUGACUCCGAAUCGAUCAACGAUUUCUCCAAAGCUAAAGACGCCGGAGGAGCCACUCCCGGUCUCCCCGCGUUGAACCCCAAAAAGUUGGUCCACGCCGAGCAAUCCAUCUGGAUCCUCAAGCCCAUCCCCGCCGAUUCGGGUAAGGGGUGGAAGUUGCGCAAGCAGAGCGUAGGCGUCAAGGAUACGGGCAAGGGUUUACUCGUCGAUGAUUCGCAGGAGUUGGUUGGCCCGGAUGGGGAGGUUUAUGUGAGGAUGUGAGUACUGCUUGGCUUGCGGCUCAAUUUGGUCGAGCAGUGAAGGAGUGAAACAUUGACAGUUUCUGUCACCUGCAUCCCUUCCAGGAUCUCGAGUGGUUACGCCUUCGGCGACUAUACCAAAGAUGAACCCAAGUGGAAGGGGUUCCAAAAGAGCAUCGCUCCUAAGCAGCCAACCAAGGCCGCCAACAAGCCUCCUGCGAGGAAGCCCGACGUCGUCUUCUCCGAGAAGACGACUGAGGAACAGGCUAUUAUUUACCGAUUGAGUGGUGAUUACAACCCUCUUCAUAUUGAACCUUCGAUCGGAAAGGUACGUUCUUCUCUUCUUCCCACUUCGCUUCGAGCUUGAAGCUAAUGAAGCUCUCCAACGAAUCGCCAAUUUUUUACAGGAGUUGGGUUUCCCCGGUGCGAUCCUGCACGGCUUGUGCUCGUACGGCCAUGCGGCCCGAGCACUCGUUCUUAACAUUACGGGUGGAGACGGUUCCAAGCUCGUGUACAUGUCAGCUCGAUUCACGAGGCAAGUCUCUUCGCUUUUUUAAAACUCUUUCAACCCGUGCGCUGAUCAUCCGACCCGUCGUUGAAACAGCCCCGUGAUGCCCGGCGACGAACUCGAGACUUCGAUGUGGUUCAGUUCCGAGGGGGAGAACACCCGUGUCGACUUCACCCAAAAGAUCGUCCAAUCGGGCAAGACGUGCUUGGGUGGCGGUGUUGCGCUUUUCAAGGGCAAGGCUAGCAAGCUUUGA